GUCUUGUGCUCCUUGGCCAUCCUAAAAUACGCCUUAUCAUGAAUUGGGGCGUAAAUUUGUUCAUCAUGUUAUCACAUCCCUGGUGCCUAUCGUCCUGUGGCGGCUUGGAAUAUCUAGGAUGAGUUACUUGGACAACCGUGACCUUUAUUCUGGGUUCCUCUUCCAACUCUUCUCUACCAGACCUGUUACGAGAGCCCAAAGUCACAUUCUCCGCGCAACGGAAUUAGGUCAUGGAUUCAGAAAAACAGACAUCUCGUGAUGAUAUCGACGACUCUCAGCUCUUUAAAGGAGAUGAAGCGCUUCGAUUAGUGGGCACCCAAGCUCAGAAAUUCAGUGAAGAAUACAACCGAAGACUUAGGAACAAACUCGACAAAGUUAUUAUUCCAAUAACUGCUUUGGUGUAUUUUACCCAAUUUUUGGACAAGACAUCACUCAAUUAUGCAAGCAUUAUGGGGUUUCCCAUUACUGGACAAAACUACAACCUAGUUUCAAUGGCGUUCUAUCUCGGCUUUAUAGUUUGGGAAUUCCCCACAGUAUACAUCGCACAGAAGCUCAGGCUUGCGAAAUACCUCGGCGUAAAUAUUAUCAUAUGGGGCGUGGUAUUGCUCUGCCAUGCAAUGGCGAACUCCUUCCAAGCCUUCUUCGUGCUUCGUUUCAUUCUUGGGAUGUGCGAGAGCUGCGUGUCUCCUAUCCUAGUAUCGAUUGUAUCCAUGUUUUAUAGAAAGGAAGAACAAGGAACUCGCAUUGCAUAUUUUUACAUGAUGCUUGGUUUCACUCAGGUCUUCGGAGGCUUCGUAGCUUAUGGAAUCUCCUUCUACAACGGAGCUGUCAUGGCGCCGUACAAGAUUGUCUACUAUCUUCUUGGCGGUCUUGCGAUCCUCGUUGGAAUCAUCGUUAUAGCGUGGUUACCAGAUUCUCCUGUUAAUGCCUGGAUACUUACAGAGGAGGAGCGCAUUGCAUCCCUAGAGCGGGUUAGGGAUGACCAGGGGGGUACAGAGAACAGGACGUUCAAGAAAGAACAAGUAAUCGAAACCCUUCAGGAUGUCCGAACUUGGUUAAUCGUGCUUGCAACCAUGCUGACGGACAUUCCUAGUGGGGGUCUCACUAACUUCAGCAACCUUAUUAUAAGGAAUUUCGGAUACACAUCAAGGCAGACAUUGAUUCUUGCCACUCCUACCGGACUUUUUCAUGUUAUCUCGGUGGUGCUCUGCGGUUAUUACUCUGAUAAAAAGGGUGAACGCAUGUUACCAGUGAUCUAUGCAACUCUCCCAACCCUUUUGGGCGUUGCACUGAUGAUUGGUUUCAACAAUACUGGACAGAAAGGGGUAUUACUAUUUGGUUCAUACCUCAUAGGCACAUUUGGAAGCACGUUAUCUACGAUCUAUGCAUACAAUGCCAGCAACACCAGCGGUUACACCAAGAAGCUCACCAUCAAUGCGCUCACCAUGACAUUUUUCUGCGUCGGAAACAUCAUUGGCACUGAAAUUUUUCAGCCAAAAGAUGCGCCAGCAUACAUCCCUGGUAAGGUUGCCAUCAUGGUCCUGCUGACAACGCAGAUGGGAGUAGCAUACCUUCUGCGCUAUAUUAAUGUGAAGUUAAACAUUAAACGACGAGCAAUGAUAGAAGAGAUUAAAAGGGAGAAGGGUUGGACGGAUGACGACGUUCAGAAGGAGAAGGAGCGCCGUGCAUUCGCUGACAUGACAGACAAGCAGAACAUAUUCUUCCAGUAUGUAAAUUGAUAGCACGAUAUCUACCACAUCACAAGUCACUGGAUCGAAGCCUGGGGAAAUAUAGUAUGCAUAAAUACAAUGUCUGCGGGCAUAUGAACAAAGGGGACAAUGCAAGAAACCAAGAAUUAAACAUCCCUCUAUCGGAAAAGCUUUUCCCAUAUAAUGAUUGCAAUUAGCAGGACGAGGACGACAAUG